AUGUUUACAGAUGGAAUGAAGGAGUCCAACCAGGAAGUGAUCGAGUUAAAAGAUGAAAGCAUUUCACCAGAUGUUUUAAAGAUCUUACUGGACUCCAUCUACACUGGAGAUCUUCUUGUGGACGAGGAAUCCGUGUCCAAGGUUCUUGCUGCCGCAGAUCACCUUCAAGUGGUGAGUGCUGUUCAUCAGUGUUGUAAUUUCCUGCUGACAAAGUUUGUGAAAAUUCGCUUCGACUUUGAAACUUACUGUCGCAUCUGGGAGAUCGCGUUGAGCUAUGGGCUGAAAGACCUGCAAGACGCUGCAGAGUGUGCUGUGGCGAAGAUGUAUAAAGAUGUUUGUGAGAGCAAGGAAUUUUUGACGCACAUCGGUGGAAACCAGUUAGUCAGCCUUCUUAGCCGAGAUGACCUCAAUAAACCUUCUGAGACGUUUGUCUUCAAAUCCGUGAUGCAAUGGAUAAACCACGAGAAGGAAGAGAGAAUGGCAGUUGCAGCCAAAGUUAUUGGAGCUGUUCGUCUGGGGCUGGCGGACAUUGGAGUUGUGAUUGACGAUUUGGAUACAAAGAAGAUGAAGCAACUUCCCGAGAUUUAUACGCAAGUGUACGAAGCAGCAGUUUAUAAACACAGACCCUCCCAUAAACCUCAAACCGCUACACAGCAAACAAAGCAACGAUCAAAGAACCCGGUAAGAGUUUUCGGAAAAAAGAAGUUGAAAAUUAAUUGUUAGAAUGAUAUGGCUACAGAAGAGUUUUUUUAAAAAGAUAUAUUGUAUUUUAAGAUGAGUGUAAUUUAGUUUGUUAUUAAUAGUCUGUGUCAUUCUCCUUCAUCCUCAAUUGUCGUCGUUCCUUUUUCGUCGUUACUUUGCAUCCUUUAUAUAACCUUGUGAUUUUAUUUCAGGUUCUUGUUGCUGUUUUAACUCGAGCUCAAAUAAAGUACUUCGACGUCGAAGCCAAGGCUUGGAAAUUGUUGCCAAUAGGUUCACCGUCAAUUGAGGCCACUCAUUGUUACUGUGCAUUAUCUGCUGGCAGUAACUUGUUUGUUGCUGCGAAAGACUCCAUUGGUUACCGCCUUUAUCGCUAUGACCCAGAGGAAAACGUGUGGGAGAGACUUCCAAUUCCUUGUGGUGAAAUAAAAAAUCUGUGUCUUUUAGAGGAAUACUUGUGCGCAAUCCCUGCCGAUAGCUACCUUUCUACUUACCGAUACAAUAUCGCUAAACGUAAUUGGCACAGUAGUGAACAGCCCUCUGGUUACAAUCGUUUUUUGAAUGGUGCAGCUGUCUUGCAUUCCAAGGUGUUUAUUCUUUAUGGACGCUGCAUUUCUUCGCCUUCCGGUAGUUCACCCUCGCCGGCAGUUUUACACGUUUUGAUUCACAAACAAAUGUGUGGGAGACAGAGAAAGUAACAACCCAUCGUUGUCACUUCAGCUCAAGUCUUAUAGUAGUGAACGGCAAACUCUACGCUGUUGGGGGCACAGAUUCUCUUGAUUUUUCCAAGUGGUAACCCUGCACCCUUAGAAAUGUACAAUGAAGACACCAUCACUUGGUCUGUUGUUGAGCAAAAGCAUAUUCCCGCCAACAAUCUCAAUGCAGUGGAAAUAGAGGGCAGAAUCUAUUUUAUCAUCAAUAAGUGAGUUUUUGCGUGUACUGUGCACCCUGCCACUGUCCAGUGGUAGGGUGGUGAUCAGUUUGGGUGGGUACAGAAGGCUUGCCACGUCUAUUCGUGCUGUUUGUCAAUCGUGGAGUUUGUCCAGUCCCGCCAGCUUGGUCAGUGUCCCAUAGUUUGCAGAGUUCUUCGCCUAUUUUAGGCUGCAGCUCCUGCAGAAUAUGAGCAUGUUUGUGAUUCAUAGAUUUCCAAUUCUUAAUUCAGUCUUGGCACAAUUCAUCCGCAAACCACCAAUUUAUUAUAUUCAUUUGAGCUGCGCAAGGUAAGUUACGAAAUAUUAUCUACUGAAUUAGCCGUGAAAAAGUAUAGAAAUGCUCGCAUUAGCUGGCUUUUCGUGCUUUCUACUUAAAAAGAGGUCAUUGUGUGUAUAUGGAGGUAAUUACAGCAGAACGCGGGGAUAAAUCGAGUUUGAAAAGUUAUUCCACGCUCAAGAUGUGACAUGAAAUGAGGUGGUCUAUUGGGAGAAGAUGUGAAUAAAGUACGUCCUACGGCUGAUGAAUUUAAGCAGUGAAUUUUGGAUAAAUUUCGACUUAUUUAAUUCACCACCUCCUGCUCCUUAAGAUAUGCCAUCAUUGCUUGCCUCUGUAAUUGCUAGAAGACGAUUGUCGGGCUUAUGCCCUUACAGUGACUCUGGCAUCGAUAUCUUUGCAAGUUUAAUCUUUGCAUCACAAGCUAACAUCACACGUUACUAGACAACCACGAAAUUUGGAAAUUAGCAUAUUUUUCAGUGGAAACCUUUGCCAUCUGUAGCUCCAUUAGAAGAAACUCACUUUUGCUUUUGCACUGAACGCAUUGGAAACUACUUAUUUGUAGCUGCACAUAUGCGGCAGAACGUUAAUUUAAUACAUCGACAUGAUGUGGUAAAUAACUCAUGGGUUGAAUUACCAAAAUACGGAAACAACCACAGAGUUGAGUGCUUGUGUUCUGUUGGUGACUAUCUUUACGUCAUAAGUGAGUCAAAUCCUCCUCAAAGGUACAGUUUGACGAAUAACAGUUGGCAAGGUGGGGAACGCUUAAAAGUAGACGAAGACAAGGAGAGUUUAAUUACUGUAUCAGCAACAGUAAUGAACUCUAAAAUGUAUGUAAUUUAUGGUUAUAAAAAAAGGGAAGGUGAUGGAAUAGACUCCAGUCCGGUCAUUAAACCAGCUGUGGUUUAUUGUUUUAACCCAAGAUACAAUGUGUGGACAAAACUUGCGUCAACCUGCCAUCCUCAUUUUGAAUCCAGUCUUUUUGUUGUCAAUAACAGACUGUGUGUAGCGGGGGGAAAUAUUGAUGGCCACCAGGCACCUGUGGAAGUGUACGAUGAAGGUACUAACACCUGGUCUGUAGUGCCUCAGAAAUGUAUUCCUUCAAAUGACUUGGGUGCAGUUGAAAUAGAGGGGAGGGUGUAUUUCAUCAUCAACAAAUUUCCAGUUGACUGUGGGAUCAGAAUUCCACCUGAGGAAAUGUAUCAAAUUGACUUAAGUGGUUGGGGAGAUGUAGCUAAAGUCAACAGCGAAGCAGUUUUGUGUUAUUUGCCUGUCAAGAGCGAAAACUUGAAAUGA